AGCUUUCAAAGCGCGCGGUGUCAGACGUAGCAUCGUUUGUUUUAAGACGCCUGUAUCUUAUACGCGUAACAAAAUUAUUUUAGUUUAAACGAAGUUUUCUCCUAGAUAUACAGCGAUAGUUUAAGACUGUUUUGUUAAACAGCGCACCACUUAAUCUGUAUUUCGCGGUAGUUCUCACGAAAACCAACCUUUGUCCGACGUUGAAGCUACGCUAAGGCUAAGCUAACGCAGCGUCGAGGGUUAAUUUAUUUUCGGCAGUAUGAGAGGAGGAGGUUCGUCAUUUGAAGACCGGGACAGAGACCGUGGGCGAGCCAGACCUCGGUUUGGUGGUGGCGGUGGCGGCGGCGGCGGCGGCAUGGGUGGUCGUGGUGGCCCCCCACCGAUGAAGUUUGGGAAUCCAGGGGAACGUCUCCGUAAGAAGAGGUGGAACCUGGAUGAGCUGCCAAAAUUUGAGAAGAAUUUCUACACUGAACACCCAGAAAUCCAACGCACGAAUCAGUAUGAGUUGGAAGAGUUUCGCCGGAAGAAGGAGAUCACCGUCCGGGGAGCCAACCCUCCAAAGGCUGUUACUGCAUUUCACCAGGCACAGUUUCCUCAGUAUGUGAUCGAUGUGCUGAUGGAGCAAAACUUCAAGGAGCCAACAGCAAUCCAGUCUCAGGGAUUCCCUGUGGCACUGAGUGGCAGGGACAUGGUGGGAAUUGCACAGACUGGCUCUGGAAAAACAUUGGCUUAUCUUCUUCCUGCAAUUGUACACAUCAACCAUCAGCCCUAUCUUGAAAGAGGAGACGGACCAAUUUGUCUGGUGCUAGCCCCAACCAGGGAGCUGGCUCAGCAGGUUCAGCAGGUAGCAUAUGACUACGGCAAGUCUUCACGUAUCAAGAGCACCUGUGUCUAUGGAGGAGCACCCAAAGGUCCACAGAUACGGGACCUUGAGAGAGGUGUGGAGAUCUGCAUCGCCACACCUGGUCGUCUGAUUGAUUUCUUGGAGGUGGGAAAAACUAACUUGCGUCGCUGCACCUACCUCGUGCUGGAUGAGGCCGACCGCAUGCUGGACAUGGGCUUUGAACCUCAGAUUCGUAAGAUAGUGGAGCAGAUCAGGCCUGACAGACAGACUCUGAUGUGGAGUGCAACCUGGCCAAAGGAGGUUCGACAGCUUGCUGAGGACUUCUUGAGGGAUUACAUCCAGAUUAAUAUUGGCGCCCUAGAGCUCAGUGCCAACCACAACAUCCUGCAGAUUGUCGAUGUCUGCAUGGAGGCUGAGAAGGACAACAAGCUUAUCCAGCUAAUGGAGGAGAUUAUGGCUGAAAAGGAAAACAAAACCAUAAUUUUUGUGGAGACCAAGAAGCGUUGUGACGAUCUAACCAGAAGAAUGAGACGAGAUGGAUGGCCAGCCAUGUGUAUCCAUGGAGACAAAAGCCAGCCAGAAAGAGAUUGGGUACUCACAGAAUUCCGCAGUGGAAAAGCUCCUAUACUGAUUGCUACUGACGUCGCCUCUCGUGGUCUGGAUGUGGAAGAUAUCAAGUUUGUCAUCAACUAUGACUAUCCCAGUUGCUCGGAGGAUUACGUCCACCGUAUUGGACGUACAGCCCGCAGUACCAACAAGGGCACUGCCUACACCUUCUUCACCCCGGGGAACCUGCGGCAGGCCCGGGACCUUGUCCGAGUGCUAGAGGAGGCCCGGCAGGCCAUCAACCCCAAACUGCUUCAGCUCGUUGACUCAGGUCGUGGAGGCGGCGGUGGCAGAAUGCGUUAUCGUAACACCAGCUCCAACAACCCCAACCUCAUGUAUCAGAAUGAGUGUGACCGCCGCAUGCGCCCCAGUGGCGGUAAAGAUAAUCGGAGUGGCUACAACCGCAACAACCGUGAUGGGGACCGCACAUCAUCUUCCUACAGGGACCGAAACCACGACCGCAGGAACAGCUACAACUCGGAGCAGUAUCAGAGUUACGGCAGCAGUGGCAGCAGCGCUGGUGGGAAUUACCGUGCCGGAGGACAGUCCAGUGGGGGUGGGGCAGGUGGCAUUCAUGAUCAGUCUAACAAGCCACAGGGUCAGUUUGGGCAGGGUCCUCCUCCCCCAUCUGCAGUGCCACAGCCGCUGAUGGCACAGCCCUUUGCUCCACCACAGGCCCCCCUCAUGGGCUUCAUGGGGCAAACGCCAUAUCAGUUUACGUCUGCGCUCCCUCUGCCGGGAGGCCCGCCACCUCCCCGCAAGUAAAAAUACAAGGCAGAAGCAUCAAGUCAACCUCUACCAUUUAAUGUGUUUAAAGUAAAACUCUUUUCUUCUUAUUCUUCCUUUUUUUAAAAUGAUCAAGAACAAAUAUGGUGAAACAUCUAAGCAUAAAAAAUCGGAUGGAAGCGGGUUCUGAAGGCAUAAAUCUGAGGUAAGCGUUCUUUUUCUAUCAUGUACUUUAAAUGUGUGGAAUUCUUUUCAAAUAUUCAAAUGUUUGUGUUUAUGUAAAAACAUAAAAAAAAAAAUAAAGGUGAGGAAAAAAUUGUAGGCCCCCCCCCCCCCCCCCCCAACUAACUGUAGCCGUGUUUGUUGAUGGAGAUGCGUCGGUAUGGAGAUGAUUUUAAACGUAACUGGAUUUCUUGUGCCACUCUGACCCAGCCAGGUCCAUGUGAGGAUAUUCAAAUCACUCGUGUGUCUGUCCGUCUGGAGCUAGAUCUCCACAUCCACUCUUUUUUUUUUUCCCAUUUAUAUCUCAUAUCGAUGCUGCCGCAAGGUACGUCAUAAAUUUAAAACUAUGUGAGUAGACCUUUGUUAUAAAAUGAAUGUGUGUGUGCGCUCAGCGAGUGUGUUGCUGUUUGCUUGGGAGGGGCAAUGCAGAGAGUGGUAUUCAGUUGAAUUUUGAAAUUCAAACUUUACUCAGUUCCAUCAUUUAUUAUGAUGGCAAACUAAUUUGGUGUAUUUAAAAUACUGUUAUGGUAAAUUUACUCGUUCUGACCCAAACUAAAUGCUUUGGCUUCUCCCAUUUUGCUCAAUGUCACCACUGCGAAUUCCGUUAUGGAUCUGCAAGUUAAUGUGGCACAAUUUUUACACUGAUUGAGCAUCGUGUUGUAACUCCGCAUGUGUGAGGAGAGCGGCGGUCUGAAGUGAGGACCACCGGCUUAUUGGUGGUGGUCCUCUGACAUCUGUCUGCUGUCUUGGAGCUCAGGCACAUAGGGACACUUCAUACAUCUGUGAGGAGCACAGCCACUGACCUCCUAGGGGGCGCUGUGACCUUACAGGGCAUCAGUCAUGCUGUUUGCAGGGAUUAACUUUUAAAUUAGGCUUCAAUCAGUUCUAAGAAAAAAUGAGCAAGAGGAAAAUCAGGAAGUCCGGUUAUUUUUAACUCAUCUGCUUAGACGUCUGCUUUCUUUUUGACCUUCAUCCUGUUGGUUGUUUUUAACAUGAACUGCAGUUUUGUAAUCAGACGGUGCAGCAAUGGAUUUUUAGGGUUUUGACUCCAUGGUGACAUGACUUUUUUUUUUUUCCUUCUUUAAAAUAUAUAUUUUAUUUAAACCUUCGCAUUCCAGGAGUCGACCUGUUUUCCUUUGAUUUUGUAUAGUGAGAAUAAAACGAGCAGCAGAAUCAUUUUUCUCGAGGCACUGAUUAAAUGUUUCAACAGGAUCAGUGCAGCUUCAGUUUCGUGAUCAUAUCUGCUCAUAUUGAUACUUUGUCAUUCAUGUUGUUUCCUGUCAGUUAAAAUCUACUUUUCCUGAAAAGUAGAUUUAAUCCAGCUGAUUCUAGACCAGUUUGACAAGUUGCUUGCUCUCUCUCUCACUUGUUUUUCUAGUGCUGUCUUUAAUAAAGAGUUAAAUUCAA